GAGGCCCGCGCGCCCACACGCCCGCCCAGCAUGUCCGCGCUCGAGUGGUUCGCGCACAAGUCUCUGGGCGAUGGCGUCUUCUGGAUCCAAGAGCGCUUCUAUGAGUCGGGCAACCGCGCCAACAUCUGGCUGGUGCGCGGCUCCGAGCAGGACGUGGUGAUCGACACGGGCCUGGGGCUGCGCAGCCUGCCCGAGUACCUGUACUCCUCCGGCCUCCUGCAGGACCGCCGCGCCCGGGAGGAGGAGGCGGCGGCGGCCGGCCGGCCCCUGCUGGCCGUGGCCACCCACGUGCACUUCGACCACUCGGGCGGCCUCUACCAGUUCGACCGGGUGGCGGUGCACCACGCCGAGGCCGAGGCGCUGGCCCGCGGGGACAACUUUGAGACGGUGACCUGGCUCUCCGACAGCGAGGUGGUGCGGGCGCCCAGCCCCGGCUGGCGGGCCAGGCAGUUCCGCGUGCAGGCAGUGCAGCCCACGCUCAUCCUGCAAGAUGGAGAUGUGAUCGACCUCGGCGACAGACAGCUCACGGUCAUGCACAUGCCAGGCCACUCCAGGGGCAGCAUCUGCCUACAUGACAGAGACCGGAAAAUCCUCUUCAGCGGAGACGUGGUGUACGAUGGGUCGCUGAUUGACUGGCUCCCCUACAGCAGGAUAAGCGACUACGUAGGCACCUUCAACAACCUCCACUGCCACCACCACAUGCAUACACGUGGUCCUGCACGUCCAUGCACAACACUGUGGAAGCUCAAAAAGUCAGAGACAACGUGACCACCGGAUAAUAUCUCAGGCCGAAGUAAGCGCAACUUUCUCCUGAGUGUAGGGGACAUGAACAGAGGGGUGCGGAGUCUGGUUAGGGGACGUGUCCCGGAGGAGGGGCUUUUCCGUCAGUUUGUUAGGUUGUCAGGGUAGGAAACGAAAAGAUCCCAGAAUAAACAUACAGGCUGCUGUCUAAAGUAGCCUGCUCCUGCGGGCAGUGUAAAUUCAGCUUUCAGGAACCCCCUAUCUCCCUGGCACCACGUAUUUAGCAUGAGCAAGAAGGGUCUGUGACUGUGAGUCAUCCCUCCUCACAGGUGAGCUGAACUGCCACGUGCCACCAAGUGAACCCUGACCUUGACAGGAGGCCGUGAUUGGUUCAGGCAUAGAGCAUCAUGGGAGCUGCGGUCAUUCAAGGCAGUAGGUCUGUUUCAACUGACAGCGCAUCGAGAAUAUAGAUUUGGUUCAGGGCACCUACAAUCACGUAUUGAGCCUUAAAUAUAGCCAUUAUUUUUAUAUCAGUAGCACAAAAGAAAACCAAAAGUCCUUAACCAUUUACCAUUUUAUCAUAUUUUUGGACUGUUUUUUAAAUCAGGGUAGGGUAGGCAUUAAGUUUUAUUAACAAAUAUUUAAUCCUGCUAAGGAGUUUUCUUAUGUAUUGAAAGUGCAAUUUUUCAUAACAUUGAUUUUUUUUUUAAUUUCCCAAUUUUAUUUCAAUUUUUCAAAUUGUAAUACAACAUAAGACUAUGAUAUUUUGCUAUUGUUUUAAUAUGCAUGCAUUGGGGAAAAGAUGUCAUUCAUUGAGUGUCCAUACUGUGCAUUUUAAAUAUGCAUUAUUAAUUUAAUCCUGGUCCCAGCACCAAGAGGUAAUUGACCAGCCUCAUCUAUCACAGUUUUGGACCUGGGUGGUAAUUGAACACAAGUCUGUCAGUCCCCAAACUGUGCCGUCUCCCUUAUACCUGCACAAUAACAUAGAAUUGGCAAAGCUUCUCUUUACUUUCAAAGAUGCCGCAUGUGCCAAGAAGAAAUCAAAUGAUGUUAAAGCAUAAUAAGAACAUAUUUUUCAAAAACUUUUGAAAUAUAUAUUUUCACCCUGACAGUGACCCUUGUAAUUUAUGAUUUUUGGAACUGCUAGUGUGUAAGUAUAUUUCAAUGUUGUCAACAUGUAAGACGUUUAGAAAUAAGUUUUUAUUUAUAUCAUUAAUAAGCAGUCUUUAGAAAUGUAUUUUCCUUAUGUGAUGUCUCCUUCUAACUGAGAAACUAACACAAAAGCCUUGUGUGUUAUCCUGAUGUAGUCGGAUAAAUGAUUCUGUGUAUUCGUUCUUACGUGGAUAGUAAUGUGAAUGUGAAAUGCACAAGUUGUCCUUGUAUAAUUUUCAGGUAAGUGUAAACAGACAUUUGUGUAAUAAAUAUUAAAGUGAACAUUUUA